UUUAGUGUAGACCAAGUCCAUAUAAGUUUUUUACAUCUAAUACUUCGGAGUCUCAAACUCUCAACAGAUGAUAAAAAGGAAACAGCACAUCUGUUAGCAUUGGAAGGAGCAGAUGAAAAUAAUCUGAAACUAUUUCAAAUGGAUUUACUAGAUUACGACUCUAUUGUUGCAGCUGUUAAGGGCACUGCUGGUGUAUUUCACGUAGCAUCGCCCAACAUCAUUGGGAAAGUUCAAGACCCUCAGAAAGAGCUGCUGGAACCAGCAAUAAAUGGUACCAAGAAUGUAACAACGGCAGCAAAGGGGGUUGGGGCUAAACGUGUGGUGGUGACUUCCUCAACCGCUGCAAUCAUGCCUAGCCCAAAUUGGCCAGCUGAUGUACCCAAAUCUGAAGCUUGUUGGACUGACGAGGAUUAUUGUAGGGAAAAUGAGUUAUGGUAUCCACUCUCAAAAUUGCGGGCUGAGAAAGCCGCUUGGGACAUAGCCGCCGAGAAAGGUGUGGAAGUGGUGGUUGUGAAUCCAGCUACCGUGCUAGGCCCAGUUCUUCCACCUGUACUCGGUUCAAGCAUGGCUGCAAUUCUUGGUAUCCUUCAAGGAUGCACCGAAACAUAUGCAAACUUCCAUAUGGGGUGUGUCCAUGUAAAAGAUGUAGCUAUGUCACAUAUUUUGCUGUUUGAGAACAAAUCUGCAAUGGGAAGGCAUCUGUGCUGCAAAGAUAUAUCUCAUUUCAGUGACUUAGCUGCUAGGGUUGCUGAGCUUUACCCUGAAUAUAAUGUUGCUAGGUUCCCAAAAGACACGCAGCCAGGAUUGCUUAGGAAAGAAAAUGCAGGGAAGAAGCUAAUGGACUUGGGCUUGCAGUUUACUUCAUUGGACCAGAUUAUCAAAAAUUCUGUUGAAAGUUUGAAGAGUAAAGGAUACUUGUCUUGAUCCACAACUUAAGAAGUUUAAACUCUUUAAUACUAGUGGACGUAACAGCUUAUGUUACAUUACUACCAGUUGUUUUCCUCUUGUUGGAACAUUUAUAGCAAAUAUAUAUAUGGUUUGUUGAAUAGGAAUUAGUACGUAGGUUUUGACAAGUUAUACGUAUGUAUGCUAGAAGAUCAAGUAUACUACAUAUAUAUGACAACUUAGACAAGAUGAAAUUUGGGACCGUCGGCCAUGGUUUGCCAAGGUUUGAACUUUGUCCU